UCCGCAAGGAACGCUUCCGCCAGCCGCGCCGCGCUGCGCGGCGCUGAGGCUGACCACUUGCCUCCGGCCUGAGGAGACGCCGCCUUCGCCUCCGCGGCGCUGGUACUGCUUCUGUGCGGCCGUCGGGAGUGGGGCGGCGGCGCAAACAUGAAUGUUGGCGUUGCCCACAGCGAGGUGAAUCCAAAUACCCGUGUAAUGAACAGCCGUGGUAUGUGGCUGACAUAUGCAUUGGGAGUUGGCUUGCUUCACAUUGUUUUACUCAGUAUUCCCUUCUUCAGUGUUCCUGUUGCUUGGACCUUAACAAAUGUUAUACAUAAUCUGGGGAUGUAUGUAUUUUUGCAUGCAGUAAAAGGAACACCUUUUGAAACUCCCGACCAGGGUAAAGCAAGGCUCCUAACUCAUUGGGAACAACUGGACUAUGGAGUACAGUUUACAUCUUCACGGAAGUUUUUCACAAUUUCUCCAAUAAUACUAUAUUUUCUGGCAAGUUUCUAUACGAAGUAUGAUACAACUCACUUCAUCCUAAACACAGCUUCUCUCCUGAGUGUGCUAAUUCCCAAAAUGCCACAGCUACAUGGUGUUCGGAUCUUUGGAAUUAAUAAGUAUUGAAAUGUUUUGAAAUGGAACAAAGAGUUUUACAGCUACUGAGUUUUCUGUAAGGAAGGAGUGGUUAGUAAACUGCAUAAUGUGAAAUGAGAGGUAGCUACAUUGGAAGGCCAGUUGCUAGUUCUUCAUAGGCUGUUUUGAAGUGCAGAUUCUUACAGGAAGAUGCCUCUGUUUAAUGUAUCUGGUAUCUUUAUGAAGAGAGGCUUUAUGGGCAGGCUGGGCAGGCCCAGCUUAUAAGUUAAAUGGCUGUAAAGUAAGGGUGUAGUAGAUAAAUCCAAGGAAGUAGAGAUUUAUAAGAAACUAAGUCUGGCUUAGCUUAUAAUGAAUGGGCAUUAUGUUCGGAGAAGAAAAUUUUCAAUCAUUCAGUCAUGGUCAGUUUAAGCCGACUUACAUGUAAACCAGAAUCAUCUCUUUACAAGUUUAUUAUAAAUUGUUUUUAUUACCAUACAUAUUCCUCUUGUGUUAUAUAAGAGGAUAUAUAUCCUUUGUUUUAUACAAACCAAUUCCUACCUUAUGAACUUUUUUGGUUUUGCAGGCUCAACAUUGUUUGAUAAAUGAGUUUAUUUUUACAUUUAUUACUGAGUUCAUGAAAGUCCACUUUCAUGACUGAUUGAUGAUAGAAGAUAGGCAUCUUAGAAGCAGUCUCUGAGCUGGCUUUCUAAUUUUGGAAUAGAGUGGGUUUUGCUGCCUUUCCAGAUACAAGGCUGCUAAACCAAUUAAGAAAAUAAUUUAUUUUUCAUAAUUAAAGUAUAUGGUAACUUAAAGUCUCUGCUUAUUUGGUGGAGCAAUUUAAUUGUUGCCGUCUGCCAUUCUUUAGUAAAGAAAAUUAAAAUGGACAACUACCUAGCCCACCUGUGACCUGGCAGAAACUGCUUUUCUAGUAAUAGUAUAAAGUAAAUAAUGGAGUCUUCUUGUAGCAGGUCUGCAGUAAAAGAUAACAUCAUCUUUUCUUAGUCCUCCUGCUCUCAACCCCCAUCAUUUACCCAUUCGUAUUUUACCUUUCAAUAUGUGAGUCUUAGUGUAGAUAACUCAGAUUUCCAAAGCAGCAACCAUAUUGAAUUUUUGUCACAUAGAGAAGCUUUCUAUAGUUGCUAACAUUAAUUCCAAGAAAUAACUAUAUACUACUUUGAGAAGUAAACAUGUCAAAAAAAAGUUCUGAUACGGAAUGAAACUGAAAAACCUAGUAACGUUUGUAAGCAAGAGUGAGUAAAAAGAAUUAUAAAACCAACUCAAAAGUCAGUUUGUUUCAAACUGACUCUUAGGGGUAAUGAUCAUUGUUUUGUAUUUUAAAAGUAUUGAGUUUAGAAAUCAGUUGUAUGAUAAUGCCUUUGUAUGUUUGUAUUUUUAAAUAACCAGUAAUCUAUACUUAAAUAAAAUUUUUCUUUGAUGUAA